UUCCAGGAGACUCAGUCUGAUUUGGAAGUUAUCUUAGAGUUCCUGGAGGAGUACUACAGACAAAGCGCUGCGGAAAAUGCUCGCUCCAUGCCUGCAGGUAGAAAGCUGCGACUUUUCCACUUCCUGUUUGAGAUGUUGGAGGAUCCGAGCAUGGCCCACUGUUUGUCCUGGGUGCCAGCAGCGGCAGGGGUUUUCCGCUUUUCCUCCAGGAAUAAGGACCAGGUGGCAGCGCUGUGGGGGCAGAGGAAGGGUAACAAGAGGCCCAUGACCUACCAGAAGAUGUCCCGGGCUCUCAGGAACUAUGCCCGGUCUGGACACAUCUUCAAAGUGAAGAAAAAGCUCACCUACCAGUUCAGCCGAGACACUCUGAUGUCCCUGCAGAGGUUUCACGGACAAGUUUUGUAG